GUCUAUUGAUCCUAUUCUGAAGGGAUGAUAAGUCCGUUAAGCAUCGAUUUGGGCCAAUUUAUUUUCGAAUAGCAUUUUUGUAAUUUCUUGUGCGACGAAAGACCAUUUUCUUUGGAUAUUGAAGGCUACAGAUCACGGAUUCGGCCUGAAGCUUUUCUCCAAUGUCGAUUGAGUCCAUUAAGCACCGAUUUGGAUGGAUUUAUUCCGUGUCAAUUUUUGGCAGAUUCCAAAGGGGUACCAUCACAGAUUUCAGGCGAUUUAUCUGAAAUGCCAUUUUCUUUCGAUUCUGGAGGCUACAGAUCACGAAAUCAAGCCGAGGCAAUUCUCCACCGAUAAUGAAGUUUAUUGAUCCUAUUCUCCCCGGAUGAUAAGUUCGUUAAGCAUGGAUUUGGGCCAAUUUAUUUUCGAAUGGCAUUUUCGUAUUUUCUUGGGCUACGAAAUGCCAUUUUCUUUGGAUAUUGAAGGCUACAGAUCACGGAUUCGGCCUGAUGCUAUUCUCCAACGAUGAUUGAGUCCAUUAAGCACCGAUUUGGGCGGAUUUAUUCCGUGUCAAUUUUUGACAGAUUCCAAAGGGGUACCAUCACAGAUUUCGGGAGAUUUAUCCGAAAUGCCAUUUAUUUUCAAUUCUGGAGGCUACAGAUCACGGAAUCAGGCCGAGGCUAUUUUCCACCGAUAAUGAAGUCUAUUGAUUCUAUUCUCCACGGAUGAUAAGUCCGUUAAGCAUCGAUUUGGGCCAAUUUAUUUUCGAAUGGGAUUUUCGUAAUUUCUUGUGCGACGAAAGGCCAUUUGCUUUGGAUAUUCAAGGCUACAGAUCACGGAUUCGGCCUGAGGCUAUUCUCCAAUGACGAUUGAGUACAUUAAGCACCGAUUUGGAUGGAUUUAUUCCGUGUCAAUUUUUGGCAGAUUCCAAAGGGGUACCAUCACAGAUUUCAGGCGAUUUAUCCGAAAUGCCAUUUUCUUUCGAUUCUGGAGGCUACAGAUCACGAAAUCAAGCCGAGGCUAUUCUCCACCGAUAAUGAAGUCUAUUGAUCCUAUUCUCCCCGGAUGAUAAGUCCGUUAAGCAUGGAUUUGGGCCAAUUUAUUUUCGAAUGGCAUUUUCGUAAUUUCUUGGGCUACGAAAAGCCAUUUUCUUUGGAUAUUGAAGGCUACAGAUCACGGAUUCGGCCUGAGGCUAUUCUCCAACGAUGAUUGAGUCCAUUAAGCACCGAUUUGGGCGGAUUUAUUCCGGGUCAAUUUUUGGCAGAUUCCAAAGGGGUACCAUCACAGAUUUUGGGUGAUUUAUCCGAAAUGCAAUUUUCUUUCGAUUCUGGAGGCUACUGAUCACGGAAUCAGGCCGAGGCUAUUCUCCACCGAUAAUGGAGUCUAUUGAUCCUAUUCUCCAAGAAUGAUAAGUCUGUUAAGCAUCGAUUUGGUCCAAUUUAUUUUCGAAUGGCAUUUCGUAAUUUCUUGGGCGACGAAAGGCCAUUUUCUUUGGAUAUUGAAGGCUACAGAUCACGGAUUCGGCCUGAGGCUAUUCUCCAACGAUGAUUGAGUUCAUUAAGCACCGAUUUGUAUGGAUUUAUUCCGGUUCAAUUUUUGGCAAAUUCGAAAGGGGUACCAUCACAGAUUUCGAGCAAUUUAUCCGAAAUGCCAUUUUCUUUCGAUUCUGGAGGCUACAGAUCACAAAAUCAGGCCGAGGCUAUUCUCCACCGAUAAUGAAGUCUAUUGAUCCUAUUCUCACCGGAUAAUAAGUCCGUUAAGCAUGGAUUUGGGCCAAUUUAUUUUUGAAUGGCAUUUUUGUAAUUUCUUGGGCGACGAAAGACUAUUUUCUUUGGAUAUUGAAGGCUACAGAUCACAGAUUCGGCCUGAGGCUAUUCUCCAACGAUGAUUGAGUCCAUUAAGCACCGAUUUGGGCGGAUUUAUUCCGGAUCAAUUUUUGGCAGAUUCCAAUGGGGUACCAUCACAGAUUUCGGGCGAUUUAUCCGAAAUGCCAUUUUCUUUCGAUUCUAGAGGCUACACAUCACGAAAUCAGGCCGAGGAUAUUCUCCACUAAUAAUGAGGUCUAUUGAUCCUAUUCUCCCCGGAUGAUAAAUCCGUUAAGCAUGGAUUAGGGCCAAUUUAUUUUCGAAUGGCCUUUUCGUAAUUUAUUGGGCUACGAAAGGCCAUUUUCUUUGGAUAUUGAAGGCUACAGAUCACGGAUUCGGCCUGAGGCUAUUCUCCAACGAUGAUUGAGUCCAUUAAGCACCGAUUUGGGCGGAUUUAUUCCUGGUCAAUUUUAUGAAGAUUCCAAAGGGGUACCAACACAAAUUUUGGGCGAUUUAUCCGAAAUGCCAUUUUCUUUCGAUUCUGGAGGCUACUGAUCACGGAAUAAUGCCGAUGCUAUUCUCCACCAAUAAUGAAGUCUAUUGAUCCUAUUCUCCACGGAUGAUAAGUCCGUUAAGCAUCGAUAUGGGCCAAUUCAUUUUCGAAUGGCAUUUUCGUAAUUUCUUGGGCGACGAAAUGCCAUUUUCUUUGGAUAUUGAAAAGCCUACAGAUCACGGAUUCGGCAUGAUGCCAUUCUCCAACGAUGAUUGAGUCCAUUAAGCACCGAUUUUGGCGGAUUUAUUGCGGGUCAAUUUUUUGCAGAUUCCAAAGGCGUACCAUCAUAGAUUUCGGGCGAUUAAUCCGAAAUGCAAAUUUCUUUCGAUUCUGGAGGCUACUGAUCACGGAAUCAGGCCGAGCCUAUUCUCCACCGAUAAUGAAGUCUAUUGAUCCUAUUCUCCACGGAUGAUAAGCCCGUUAAGCAUCGAUUUGGGCCAAUUUACUUUCGAAUGACAUUUUCGUAAUUUCUUGGGCGACGAAAGGCAAUUUUCUUUGGAUAUUGAAGGCUACAGAUCACGGAUUCGGCCCGAGGCUAUUCUCAAAAGAUGAUUGAGUCCAUUAAGCACCAGUUUGAGCGGAUUUAUUCCGGGUCAAUUUUUGGCAGAUUCCAAAGGGGUACCAUCAAAGAUUUCGGGCGAUUUAUCCGAAAUGCCAGUUUCUUUCGAUUCUGGAGGCUACAGAUAACGGAAUCAGGCCGAGGCUAUUCUCCACCGAUAAUGAAGUCUAUUGAUCCUAUUCUCCACUAAUGAUAUGUCCGUUAAGCAAGGAUUUGGGUCAAUUUAUUUUUGAAUGGCAUUUUCGUAAUUUCUUGGGCGACGAAAGGCAAUUUUCUUUGGAUAUUGAAGGCUACAGAUCACGGAUUCGGCCUGAGACUAUUCUCCAACGAUGUUACAGUCCAUUAAGCACCGAUUUGGGCGGAUUUAUUCCGGGUCAAUUUUUGGAAGAUUCCAAAGGGGUACCAUCACAGAUUUCGGGCUAUUUAUCCGAAAUGCCAUUUUCUUUCGAUUCUGCAGGCUACAGAUCACGGAAUCAGGCCGUGGCUAUUCUCCACCGAUAAUGAAGUCUAUUGAUCCUUUUCUCCACGGAUGAUAAGUCCGUUUAGCAUGGAUUUGGGCCGAUUUAUUUUCGAAUGGCAUUUUCGUAAUUUCUUGGGCGACGAAUGGCAAUUUUCUUUGGAUAUUGAAGGCUACAGAUCACGGAUUCGGCCUGAGGCUAUUCUCCAACGAUGUUUAAGUCCAUUAAGCACCGAUUUGGGCGGAUUUAUUCAGGGUCAAUUUUUGGCAGAUUCCAAUGGGGUAUCAUCACAGAUUUCGGGCGAUUUAUCCGAAAUGCCAUUUUCUUUCGAUUCUGCAGGCUACAGAUCACGGAAUCAGGCUGUGGCUAUUCUCUACCGAUAAUGAAGUCUAUUGAUCCUAUUCUCCACGGAUGAUAUGUCCGUUAAGCAUGGAUUUGGGCCAAUAUUUUUUCGAAUGGCAUUUUCGUAAUUUCUUGGGCGACGAAAGGCCAUUUUCUUUGGAUAUUGAAGGCUACAUACCACGGAUUCGGCCUGAGGCAAUUCUCAAAAGAUGAUUGAGUCCAUUAAGCACCGAUUUGGGCGGAUUUAUUCCGGGUCAAUUUUUGGCAGAUUCCAAAGGGGUACCAUCACAGAUUUCGGGCGAUUUAUCCGAAAUGCCAUUUUCUUUCGAUUCUGGAGGCUACAGAUCAACAAAUCAGGCCGAGGCUAUUCUCCACCGAUAAUUAAGUCUAAUGAUCCUAUUCUCCACGGAUGAUAAGUCCGUAAAGCAUGGAUUUGGGCCAAUUUAUUUUCGAAUGGCAUUUUCGUAAUUUCUUGGGCGACGAAAGGCCAUUUUCUUUGGAUAUUGAAGGCUACAGAUCACAGAUUCGGCCUGAGGCUAUUCUCCAACGUUGUUUGAGUCCAUUAAGCACCGAUUUGGGCGGAUUUAUUCCGGGUCAAUUUUUGGCAGAUUCCAAAGGGGUAUCAUCACAGAUUUCAGGCGAUUUAUCCGAAAUGCCAUUUUCUUUCGAUUCUGCAGGCUACAGAUCACGAAUCAGGCUGUGGCUAUUCUCUACCGAUAAUGAAGUCUAUUGAUCCUAUUCUCCACGGAUGAUAUGUCCGUUAAGCAUGGAUUUGGGCCAAUUUAUUUUCGAAUGGCCUUUUCGUAAUUUCUUGGGCGACGAAAGGCCAAUUUCUUUGGAUAUUGAAGGCUACAGACCACGGAUUCGGCCUGAGGCAAUUCUCAAAAGAUGAUUGAAUCCAUUAAGCACCGAUUUGGGCGGAUUUAUUCCGGGUCAAUUUUUGGCGGAUUCCAAAGGGGUACCAUCAUAGAUUUCGGGCGAUUUAUCCGAAAUGCCAUUUUCUUCCGAUUCUGGAGGCUACAGAUCAACAAAUCAGGCCGAGGCUAUUCUCCACCGAUAAUUAAGUCUAUUGAUCCUAUUCUCCACGGAUGAUAAGUCCGUUAAGCAUGGAUUUGGGCCAAUUUAUUUUCGAAUGGCAUUUUCGUAAUUUCUUGGGCGACGAAAGGCCAUUUUCUUUGGAUAUUGAAGGCUACAGAUCACGGAUUCGAACUGAGGCUAUUCUCCAACGAUGAUUGAGUCCAUUAAUCACCGAUUUGGGCGGAUUUAUUCCGAGUCAAUUUUUGGCAGAUUCCAAAGGGGUACCAUCAAAGAUUUCGUGCGAUUUAUCAGAAAUGCCAUUUUCUUUCGAUUCUGGAGGCUACAAAUCACGGAAUCAGGUCGAGGCUAUUCUCCAAAGAUAAUGAAGUCUAUUGAUCCUAUACUCCACGGAUGAUAAGUCCGUUAAGCAUCGAUUUGGGCCAAUUUAUUUUAGAAUGGCAUUUUCGUAAUUUCUUAGCGACGAAAGGCCAUUUUCUUUGGAUAUUGAAGGCUAUAGAUCACGGAUUCGGCAUGAGGCUAUUCUCCAACGAUGAUUGAGUCCAUCAAUCAACGAUUUGGGCGGAUUUAUCCUGGGUCAAUUUUUGGCAGAUUCCAAAGGGAUACCAUCACAGAUUUCGGGCAAUUUAUCCGAAAUGCCAUUUUCUUUCGAUUCUGAAGGCUACAGAACACCAAAUCAGGCCGAGUCUAUUCUCCACCGCUAAUGAAGUCUAUUGAUUCUAUUCUCCCCGGAUGAUAAGUCCGAUAAGCAUGGAUUUGGGCAAAUUUAUUUUCGAAUGGCAUUUUCGUAAUUUCUUGUGCGACGAAAGGCCAUUUUCUUUGGAUAUUGAAGGCUACAGAUCACGGAUUCAGCCUGAGGCUAUUCUCCAACGAUGAUUGAGUCCAUCAAUCAACGAUUUGGGCGGAU